AGACGAAAAAAAAAAGUACUUCCGGUCCAAAUGUGAAAGGCGGAACAAGCGGUUUUUCAAAAGGAAUAAUUUGUACUUCAUCAACGUGGAAGUAGCUUGAUCUACGUGACUGUCCAGCAGCAAUGUCAAAACGCCCGUCCUACGCUCCUCCACCUCCCCCCGCCCCGACAACACAAAUGCCUUCCACCCCAGGGUUUGUGGGCUACAACCCUUACAGCCAUCUGGCCUACAACAACCUCCGACUGGGAGGGAGCUCCGGAGGCUCCAGCAGGAACUCUUCAGGCAUCACCGUCCCAAAGCCUCCCAAACCUCCAGACAAGCCGCUGAUGCCAUACAUGCGGUACAGCCGGAAGGUAAGCAGGAAGGUUUGGGACCAAGUGAAGGCAUCCAAUCCAGACCUGAAGCUGUGGGAGAUCGGUAAGAUUAUUGGAGGCAUGUGGAGGGACCUGACUGAUGAAGAGAAGCAGGACUACCUCAACGAGUACGAAGCAGAGAAGAUAGAGUACAAUGAUUCUUUGAAGGCAUACCAUAACUCACCUGCCUACCUGGCCUAUGUGAACGCCAAGAAUCGAGCUGAAGCAGCGAUGGAGGAGGAGAGCAGGCAGAGGCAGAGUCGUAUGGAUAAAGGAGAGCCUUACAUGAGCAUUCAGCCUGCUGAAGACCCUGAUGACUACGAUGAUGGGUUUUCAGUAAAGCACACAGCAGCUGCUCGCUUCCAGAGGAACCACAGACUCAUCAGUGACAUACUCAGCGAGUUUGUUGUUCCUGACGUCCGCUCUGUGGUUACGACGGCUCGUAUGCAAGUCCUCAAGAGACAGGUCCAGUCUCUCAUGGUGCACCAGAGGAAACUGGAGGCGGAACUUCUACAAAUUGAGGAUCGUCAUCAAGAAAAGAAAAGACGCUUCCUGGAGACUACCGACUCGUUCAACACUGAACUGAAACGGUUGUGCAGUCAGAAGGUAGAGGUGGACAUGGAGAAGCUAGCAGCAGAGAUGGCGGCAGCUGAGGAGGCGGCACGGCGGCGGGUGGAGGAGAGGGAGCGUGAAGUGGCCGAGCAGGCGGAGAAGGCUGCACAACAGCACGACGCUGCUGGAAACAAAGCUGCGCAGCAGAGUAAUGGUGCUGAUGGCGUCACUUCCAACACCACUUCAGGGACCAAAGAGGAGGACACGUCUGCACCAGUGGAAAUGGAUGAAGCAGCACCUGCAGAUACCGCCUCUGACCACCAGUCUGCGCCACCUCCCCUUAGCGAUUCCUCCUCUUCUACCUCUGAUAAGGCUGCUCUUCCUCCUGAGCCUCCUAGUGAGAGCAACACCCCCCUCAGCAGCACCUUCAGUGACGACAACAGCAGCACAGUCCCCCUGGCAGACAGCAGCCAAGGAGCAGAAGCAGCGUCGGACUCCUCAGUGGGGCAGGAAGCAGUUACUCCUGUGGGCACGGCAGUGCCCCCAGCCUCAGAAGAAACAGUCCCCACCCCGCCACCAUCACUCCUCACCAACCAGGGCAGCCAGCAGUAUGACAUGUGAAGGUGGUGUCAGACGUUGUCCCUGUCAGUCAUGGAACCUGGACACCAGCCUGGCUGUGCUCAUGGUUCCUCAGUUAUAAAGCUCAAGUAAAUAUGGAGAACGUGUUGUGUACAGUUUGUUCUGAGGACGUAAAUUAGCUCUGAUCACGUAGACCACUUCUGAUAAGAAGGCUUUAUUUCUGUUUCUGUUUAAAGAUCUCCCCCCGGUCUUCAUGUUCUGCUUUGUUUUUAGAUAUCUAAUAGAUCCUUCUAGAGUAAAAUGUUUUCUGCAAGAUUGUAUCUGACACAAACUGACGAGCAGUGAUGUUUUUUUGUGUCUGUAGUUGAUUAAAACAAACCUACGGUUUAAUGGCUCAUCAGUAUUGUGC